AUGGCCAAGCCCAAAAGCAGGGGCGCUCCCUCUACACGACAGGCGGGAACUGCCCUCUCGCUUCCCAAACCGUUCAGAGCCGCACCCUCUGUCCUCGAACCCUUUUACUCGACCCUGUCCGAGAAGCACGUCUACAUAGCCCAUCUCGACCUCAAGCCCAAGGCUUUCAAGCGGAAAAUCUUCGUCGUGCCCGUGCUCAUGAACGUCGCCGUCGUGCUCUUGUUUCUCUGGAGGGUACGGUACAUCGGUCCGUACUACGUGCAACUGCUGGCCUCAGCGCUCGGAUAUGCCAACGAGACGACCGUCGCAUCCAAGGAUCUUGCGUGGGGAGAGCUGAUCUCCCUCGUUCUUCGGCGGGGCUUCACGUUUAUGCUGGAUCUAUGCUUGGUCAUCUUUGUGUGGCCCUGGCCCGUUGAAUUCUGCUUCGCUCGGGGCGGCAACCCCGUCGCGUGGAGAUGGAAGGUGGGCUUCCGGGACAAGGAGAUCUAUGUGCGCCGGAGCCGAGACUGGGACCGAACACUGGGCGACUUUCUCUACGGUGACCAGGGCAGAAACGUCCUGCUCUCCAUGGUGAAGCUGGCAACCAACCCCAUGCUUCUCCGGGAAAAGACGGGGUACUUGACCAUGAAUGGCGAUUGGGACCUCGACUGGGGCGCCAUGGUGUGUGCCACGACACUCGUCGAUAACAAGGCCGUGGCCAUGGACACGUUUCGCACGUUGGUCCUGCUACACAGCGACCAGCACGGCUGGCUGUCUCUCGACAUGAACGCAGAUCAGAGCGCCAAAGAAGAUGAUAGACGGAGGCAGGUCUUUGCCUUCCGAGACGGCCUGGCCAGGAUCGGCAAGGAGGAGCUCUUCUUCAGGUGGAUCGAAAUGAUGCAGUUCGAAUCAUCGCAGCCCAGCGGGUUCGGCCCCGAGAAACAGGUCGAGGUCGCCGCCAAGGUUCGUGAGCUGUUCCAGUCGAACGGGGUGGAUUUCGACGAGUUCUGGAAGGAGAGUGUGGGCUCGGACCCGGCAGACGGGCUCUGA